AUGACGACCGCUGUCGAGUCAAUCGAUGUCGACGGCGACGACCGCUAUUCGGACGACUCCUUUCAGGACGACUUCGAGAGCGACAGCUCAAGCACCUCGCACCGCUCAGCGCACAUGAAAGAGACCGCCAGUCGUGAUGAGCGGGCGGCGUCGGCAGACUCUGCAGUCAGCGGUGAGGGCGCGCCGAGGGGCGCGCCGAGCACCGCAACCACGCCCACCUCCAGCUCAGGCAACCCACCGAGCUCACACAGUUCUCGCAACUCCUCUGUGCUCCACAGCCUGGGGAAGCCACCGGUGCACCUGGAAGCCGCCUCCAAGGGCGCCUCGCCCGCUGCUUCGUCGACCUCAUCGUCGUCUUCAUCGCCACUCCCGCGCAGCUCCGACCACAGUGCAUCUGGCCACUUGGCAAAUGACGCCCCGACCUCUGAGGAGGCCAGGCUCGCCGAGAAGAACACCGCGUAUGGCGAUGACAGCUCUGUCCUGCCGGCUGACCGUGUGUACGAAGGCCAGCAGCGGCUCGCUGACGGACACAUGAGCAAACCCCACUCGCGCAGCGGCCGCGUUUCCGUCGACCAGAAGAGCCCUGGCGGCGCGUGUGUGCGCGAGGCUGGCUACCCAGGCGACUCUCAGCACGAGUAUGCCUCCACCAAUGCGUCGGUGACCGGGCACAGUCGCCUUCAGCGGCCCGACGUUCCGGAAACUGCCGAAGAGCUUCUGAGGAUGCAGGAGGAGAAUGCCAGCAUGCGCGAAGAGCUCUUCCAGCGCAGUCGCGAGCAUUACCAAGCCAGCUUCUCACAGAGCAAACGCGGCGGCACCUUCAACGGAAAUCGCACCAUUGGUGGUCCUGGUGCGUCCCACAAGAGCACGCUGACCUCGACUGUCGAUAGCACAUUCCGGCGUCACCGCGAGUGCACCGCGCGUUUUGUGCAGGUGUCGCUCAUGGCGCACCGCACGCUGCAGGUGCUGCGGCUGGAGCAGCGCGAGCUCCUCAAGCGCCGCGACGAGUUGAAGGAGCUCGUGAGUCGCUACAAAAAGGCCACCAGGUACAAGCAAUAUAUCGAGAUCGCCAAGCAGGACAUUGCGGUCCUGACUGAGGACCACCGCGACGCACACCUGGAGGUGCGCUGCAACGAGAAGCUGCUUUUGAUGAACGACACAAUGUUCGAAGGUGGCCUUGGCGAUCGACGACUGCUAGAGGAGAUUCGCUCUCAGAACGCGCUCACGCAGCGUCGACGCGAGCAUGCCCUGCGUGACGCCGACAGUGCGCAGCGCUUGCGUGAUGCUGCAGCGAAGCGGGUGAAGGAGCUGAAGUGGGAGCUGGAAAAGCGUCGCCAGUGGGUGUCGGGGGAAAGCCACGCGAAUGUGUAUCAGCUACGUAUGCUUAAUGAAGCCAAGAAGGAACGCGUCCACGAGGUUCGCAGACAGCUGCGGCAGAUGCGGCAAGAGGGCAAGAAGACCCGCGGCGGAUCUGGCUCGCGCUCGAGGAAGUCCCGUGGGUCCUCACAAGUUUGCCACAGCCAACAGCACUACACGCGGCCUGAGGACGCCGAGCGUGAGUAUCUUGAGAAGCGCAUUUCAGAGAUUCGUCGCGAGCUGGAGUCCAUUCAAGGUGGGCCUGCCCAGACCUCGGCCUCGCGGAGGUCGUCCAUCGGCGAUGCAGCGAGUUCGGCUGGGAGCCCGGGGUCUGCGGCUGCGUCGCCGAAAGCCGAGGCGUCUCAAAACGAACUCCCUGCGGCGGCGCAGCAGGAGGGCACCUCAGCAGCGGCUGUUGUACAGGAGCCGGCCCGCCCGUGCUCGGUCAAUGGGGUGUCAACGGAGGCAGGUUCAAACACCGUGGACGGCGAAAUCGAUGUCAGCGCGUGGCUAAACGCUCAUUCUGGGGCGGAAAGGGCCUAUAACGAAGUUGCGUACUCGCACUGCAGCUCUCAUGACACUGCUACGGCAGGAAACGAGUUCCUCGAGGAAAGCGGAGCGCCUGCGGUGUCGCAAGCCGACGUACGGCAUCAAGAACGUACUCAGUCGACAGCAACAGCACAGGAUGACCCGCCGCCGUGGUUGGAUGCCGGGGAGGACGGCGGCGAUAUGGACGUCGCGCCUACGCAAGUGGAUAUGGCGCCGUCACCCUCGUACAAGCACGACGCUGCCGACAGCGUCGAGGAGGAUAUAGCGGAGGAAGAACUGGGUAGCGAUGGCGAACAGGCAGCGCCGGCGGCCGCUGCAUCGGCUCAUGGGGACAUGGAGCUGGAUGAUGUACUCUUCGGCGCCGGCGGCCAAGCCCCGGCGUACGCAGCCGCGUCUCCUUCCGCGCCUGCGGCGGACAACAACGAUGACGGCCCAGACUGGUUGAACUUUUGA